UUUCAUUCUUUUUAUUUCUUUUCUUUUUCCCCUUGGUUUCUCAGAUCCCAAAUCAAAUGGCAAAGGCAAAGAAGGAAACAGCUCCCACCAAGGCGAGCACGCCCAUCCAGAAGCCCGCCACCGCUACCGCCACCGCCACCGCCAUCGUCGCGCCAUCUGCAAGCAAACCCGUCACUCCAUCGUCUUCUGCUGCCGCGUCCGCCAAGCCAAAGAGCAACGGCAGCAGCACCGCGACGGAUUCGAGCAAGCCAGCCGUCCAUGUGGCGCCAGUCAAUCCCAAGCCAAAGCAAGCCACUGCGACCACGACUGCCGCUGCAACAACGACCAAGCCAGUCACAGCCAAGCCCGAUGCUGCUCAGCCGACCACUGCCAAGGCAGCUGGCCCGACUGAUGCCCUCGCAAAGAUGUUCAAGGUGACAAGCGUGGCCGUCCCAAUCGUGCCCAUGGGCAUGCCCGUCCCCACUCCAAAGCAACCAGCGAAGGCUGCUGCCAACGCAUCUGCUGCCACCACUACUGUUGCUGCUGCUGCUGCUACGGCGAACGGUGCGGCUCCAGCGCAGACCGAGACGAGCGCCCUUUCCAAGAAGCAGGCCAAGAAGGCGGCUGCUGCUGCCAAAGCCAUCCAAUCCGCAGGUGCAAACGCCGUCCAACCUGCUCCACAACUCAUGGCGAGUGUCGCUGCUGCUUUCAAGAAGGUCACCCAAAAGGCGAUCGCACAGAAAAAGAAGGAGACCCAGUCUGCAGGCAACAAGUUCCGUGCCCGCAAGCCCAAUCAGGCCGCAAUCGCGCGUGAGGAGGGCAAGACUGGCUUGGCUGCUGCCGUCGUCCGCAGCAAGCGCAGCGCAUCCGAGGCUGAUGAAGGGCAAAGCGGGUCUGGCAAGGCGACCAAGAAGGCGCGACGAGCCGACGGGGACGAGGAUUCGGAGGUCGAUGGUGGCUCUGAAGCUGAGGAAGAUGGCGAUGAUCAGGACGACGACGACGAGGCGGAACGAAACGACCCUCAACGUGCCGAACGCACGCUGUUCUUUGGCAACGUGGAUGUGAACGUGACAGACAAGGUGCUGCGACGAUUGUGCGCGCCGUUUGGUGUUGUCGUGUCCGUCCGCUUCCGCUCGGUCGCCUUCAUCAGCCCCAAGCUCGAUCGCAAGGUUGCUUUUGCUCGCGGCAAGCUGCACCCAGAGCGCCACGUCAUGAACGCGUAUGUUGUCAUGCGCGAAGCCGCUGUUGCACGGCGGGCUGCCCUCGCUCUGAACGGCACUGUUCUGGAAGGCAAGCACUUGCGUGUCGACAUUGCCAGCAACUCGAACAAGCCACACGACCACCGAAAGUCUGUUUUUGUCGGCAACCUGCCCAUGAACGCCGAGGAAGAGGCUCUGUGGGAGGCGUUCGGCAAGUGCGGCGACAUUGCCACCGUCCGCCUUGUGCGCGACGCCGAAACGAACGUCGGUAAGGGCUUUGGCUUUGUCUCGUUCAAGGAUGCCGCCAGCAUUGACCUGGCCGUGCGUCUGCACGAGAUUGCCGAAAUUGGCGGCCGCAAGCUGCGUGUCACCCGCGCUGGCAGCGAGGCGGUCAUGAAGAAGAAGAAGGAAGAGAACGUUGCUCGUCAAGCCGAGGAUGCGCGACGAAAGCAGAUUGCUAUUGCUCGCAAGGCUGCGGCCAAGGGCUCCAAGUCGGCCAAGCUUCGUCUGUCCAAGGUGCUCGAGACACAAGGAACACUCCGUUCGCGCUCAAACGGCGCGCCGGGUGCCGCCUCCGCAGGCCAAUCCGGCGGCGCUCGAGCUGGCGGUGAGCGCUACUUCCAAGGCGCUGUCGCUGUUCCAGGAUCCGUCCCCAAGACCCUUCUUUCCAAGGCCCAGCAACAGCAACGAAGACUCAAGAAGGUCCGCACCAAGACGCUCACCAAGAAGUGAUUAUGUUUUGUUGCGCAAUGGUGUUGUUGGUCGUUUUUUUCAAUUACAAAAGUUCUACCCUGCGA